UUCACGAAGUAACACAUGUCGCUGAUAACAAUCUGUCAUAUAGAUACGUACACAUAAUAUAACAAUACUUUCAUAAAUUCCUCAUAUAUCUUUUUAAAUUGACAAUAAAGAUAUGUGUGAUAGCUAAUAAUUAGGAUUUAAUUCAAGCUAUCAGUAUAUAUUUAUUUAGUUUUGUUAGAUUACACUUACUUAGUUUUGUUUAUACAAGUGAAUAGCAAAUUACUUUUUAUCAUCGAACGAAUGGGUUGUGUGUGAAUUUGUGUAAAAAAUAAACUUUAUGUGAACUUGUUAUGAUGAAAAAAACUAUAGAAACCGUGUCCAAAACUAUUGAUGAGUGUGAUAAAAAUGAGAACAAUGAUGUCGAUUUGGAUCAAGCCCUUAACGUGGCAGGUCUGGGGUGGUAUAACAUAAGAUACUCUCUCGCGCUGGCGAUGUUCCUAAUAUCUGCCAUUAUCGAACCAGUAGGAUACUCGUUUCUGUUGCCGGCAGCGAAAUGUGACCUUGAGAUUACGGACUCCCAGCGCGGUUUCAUCGGAUCCGUUCCUUACAUUGGUAUAGUUUUAACGUCAUUCCCAUGGGGUUUCCUCGUGGACACCCGUGGGAGGAAAAAGAUGGUGGUUUACAGCUCUUUUGCCGCAGGUAUAUUCGGCAUCCUCGCGGCUUUUAUGCCUGAUCUCAUUAGUUUUACAAUCUUCAAAUUUUUGUCUUCACUGUGCAUAGCUUGUCCCGCUGCCGUGCCAUAUUCUUUCAUCGGUGAACUAUUACCACAAAGAUAUAGAGAUAUAACACUCUCAAUAGUCAACGCCAUGCAAAUAUCCGGAUCUGCUAUGGUACCUUUAUUAGCAUGGGCAAUAUUACCUCUCGAUUUUCGAGUCGACUUUGGUUUAUACGAGUUCCGACCCUGGAGGUUACUCGCUAUGAUAUACUCGAGCGUUUUUCUCCUAAGUGCCACUAUGAUGUCUUUCGGGCCGGAGAGCCCAAAAUUCCUGGUCUCGCAAGGCAGGCACGACGACUCAUUGCAAGUGUUGAAGAAUAUAUACUCGGGGAAUACUGGAAAACCGGGUGAUUAUUAUCCAGUAAAGAGGCUAAAAUUGCCGGUUCAGGCUCAAUUGGAAAAGCCUUCUUUCGUGCAAUCACUUGUACAACAAACAGUACCUUUAGUUAAACCACCGUAUUUGAAGUGGAUGGUUCUGAGCGGAACUUUACUAUUUGGAAUAUUUGCCACUUUGAACGGGUUAUACAUGUGGCUACCAGAUGUGCUAAACAGAGUCCUGACUGGCAGCGGUGUUGGUAUGACUGCAUGCGAAGUUAUUGCUCAAAGGCUUAACGAGACGAACGUGAACGCGGAAUGCGACGACUCGAUUGCCAGCACAACAUUUAUGAUAAACACGAUCGCAAACUUUUCUUGCGCCUUUAUUGCGCUUGGAAUCAGUAGUACUGUAAAAUUUUUGGGCAAGAAAACCUUACUGCUGUUAGUGUAUGUGACCAUUGGUUUGUUCUGUAUACUUAUCAAUGUGGUUACGCAGGAUAUACUGUUUGCGAUACUGCUGUCUUCACUGCCUCUCACGGGACUCGCACUAGGUCCUAUUAAUGCGUAUGCGGUGGAGAUAUAUCCUACGAAUUUGAGGGGAAUGGCCAUAGGUCUGUCGAUGAUGGUCGGAAGGAUAGGUUCGAUAGUUGGCACGAAUGUCGCUGGGGUAUUAAUAAACGUUGCUUGCGAGGCUACUUUCUAUCUUUUUGGAGGAGCUUUGAUAUUUUGUGGAGCCCUCUCAUUGCUGUUACCAAAAUCAAAAACCAAACCCGACGAAAAGAAGAACUUUGUAGUAACACAUCUGUAGGGGAAUACAAUAGUAAAAUUCCUACUUACUUCAAUAAUAAUUAAGUAUUAUUAAUCUCCUUAU